GACAUUUACCAACAAAAUAAGUUGGGUUUUUUUGUUUAUAGUGUGAAAAAAUUGAAAAUAAAGAAAUUUUUAUAAAAUUAAAACAUAUUGUUAACAAAAUAUAACCAAAAAAAUAUGGCACAAACUGAGACGCAUCUCCCUGAACAACUGGACAAUGAAGAAGUUCGAGAAAUCUUAAAAAAUACCACCGAUUUAAGACAAUAUUCACGACAGAUUGAGAAAGAGUUUAAGGAAGUUGAAAACAAAUCAAUAGAAGACUACAUUAAGGAAUCUCAAAAUAUAGCAGCCUUACACAAUCAAAUUGAUGAAUGUGAUGAUGUGCUAGAGCGUAUGGAAAAUAUGUUGAUGAGUUUUCAAAGUGUCCUCAGUAAUAUAAGUACCGAAAUUACACAGUUGCAAAAGAAAUCGGUGGCCAUGUCAGUACAACUUACCAACAGGCAAUCGGUUAAGGCUCAACUAUCACAAUUCAUAGAGGAUAUGGCGGUGUCGGAAGAAAUGAUUAUGUCUAUAAUGGAAACACCCGUCACCGAAAAGGAAUUUGAGAAGCAAUUGAAUAUUUUAAAUCACAAAUUGUCCUUGGUGAAGGAAUUAAGUUUUAAAGAAUCCAAAUCGACAGCAGAUGUAGCGGAUGUUUUGCACAAGUUGAGACUUAAAGCCAUGACUAAAAUACGCCAAUAUAUGCUGGAACAAAUUUAUAAAUUCCGCAAACCCAUGACCAAUUAUCAAAUACCACAGAAUGCCAUGUUGAAACAUAAAUUCUUUUUUGAAUUUAUACUCUCGAAUGAGCGACAAGUGGCUCAGGAAAUAUGCAAUGAGUAUAUAGAUACUAUGAGUAAAAUUUAUUACAGUUAUUUUAAGAGCUAUUCCUCCCGCUUGUCAAGCUUAAAAUUCGAAGAAUCUUGUACUAAAGAUGAUUUAAUGGGUAUUGAGGAUAAUAUAUCCAAAGGUUUAUUUGCAAAAGCUACUAGUUUGAAGAACAAAAGUACUAUAUUUACCAUUGGCAAAAGAGGCGAGAUUUUAAAUCAACAACUGGAAGCUCCUAUUAUAGUGCCACAUGCCCAAAUGAAAAAUAGGGAGGCAGCCAGCUCAAGCAAAGCUGUCUCCGUCAGCAUGGCCCAUGAGAUUCAUCGCACUUAA